AUAAAAUAAGCCUUUUUUCCCAUUUCAUCAUCAUCAGAAUAUUUCUAUUAUAAUCAUCAUCAUCAUUAGAAGAUGUCUUCACCAUCGGCUGGAAAACGUCGUAUGGAUACGGACGUUCUAAAAUUAAUCGAAUCCAAACAUGAAGUAACAAUUCUAGGUGGCCUAAAUGAAUUUUGUGUCAAAUUUUUUGGUCCAAAAGGAACAUCAUAUGAAGGUGGCGUUUGGAAAGUUCGUGUUGAUUUACCUGAAAAAUAUCCAUUCAAAUCGCCAUCGAUUGGAUUUAUGAAUAAAAUAUUCCAUCCAAAUAUUGAUGAAGUUUCGGGCACCGUAUGCCUGGAUGUCAUUAAUCAAGCAUGGACAGCAUUAUAUGAUCUAUCCAAUAUAUUUGAAUCUUUUUUACCUCAAUUAUUAACCUAUCCGAAUCCAAUCGAUCCAUUGAAUGGUGAUGCAGCAGCCAUGUAUCUACAUAAACCAGAAGAAUAUAAAAGAAAAGUUAGAGAUUAUGUUAAAAAAUAUGCGACAGAAGAUGCAUUACGUGAACAGGAAGAAGAAUCUGAUUCAAGUGAAAGCACAAUGAGUGAUUUUAGUGAUGAUGAAACCAAAGAUAUGGAACUUUAACACUUUAUUUCCAUCAUCAUCACCAUUAUCAUCAUUAUAAUCAUCAUCAUAGAAGAAAAUGUUUGAAACACAUACAGAAUCAAACAGAAUUUAUCCCAAUCUAAUACCCAAUCAAUUUAUAAUAAUCAGCUUCAUUGCAUGAUUUAUUCAUUUUCUUUUUCUUUUUAAAUAAUAAUUUGUUAAAUAUUCAUAUGUUUAUCGAUUUAUCAUUCGUUUUAUUAUAAUAAUUCGUUAUUUU